AUGUCCUACUACAGCUGCACUAAUCUCGGUGAGCCGAUCCAGAUUACCGCCAGCCACGGGAUUGACGAGUACUGUGCAGCGACAUAUUAUCUACCAACGCUUGAAACCUACCUAAAUCACACCGCACAACUCCAAUUGUUGCCACCUGAGGGAAACAGACCCAAACCGAACGAAAACGGGGUACAUCUGCUUAUCGGCAAUUUCGAGGACAUCGGAGAAAGUGCACGGGAUGCCCGGACAAUCCUCAUCGGCACAGCGGACGUAGCAAAUACGGACGUGCUUCGCCUGGGAGCAGAAGGGAUUCAUAGCAUCACAGCACUCAAACUCUGCCAACGUGUUAACCGUUUUGAAACCCCAAACAUGGCGGAUAUGGUCGUUUACGAUUUGGAAACUACCGGACUCAACCCGAAAACGGACAGAAAUCGUUGA